AUGUCUUCCAAUCCGAAUCCAUCAAUUGCCAGUUCUGUUUCUACUCCUGCAAAUCCCGAGAAUGCAACCCAAAAUCCAUCAUCUGCUCAGAAAGAGAAUGAUGAUGAAGAAAAUCCAUAUUCAAGAAAUGUGAGAAAGAAAACUUCAGCAGUUUGGGAAGGCUUCAAGAAUGUGGAGACAGCCGGUGUCAAGAAGUACCAAUGCAUACAUUGCAAGAGGAAAUACAAAGCAGAUCCCUCAGGGGUUACAUCAACACUACGAAGACACCUGAAACAAUGUCCGAAGAAUCCCAUUGUCCUCAUUGAUAAAGGACAACAACAGUUAAGCCUCUCAUCAACUCUUAUACAAGCUGAAAGUGUUGCCUCCGUGCAGAAUUUCAAAUAUGAGCAAUCUAAGGUGCGUGAGAUCAUGGCACAUUGUUUCAUAGUGCAUGAUAUGCCUUUUAUCACUGCUGAAUACGAGUUGUUUAACUUGUUGCUGAAAACUAUCAGUCCACACUAUCAGAAAAUUAGUCGAACAACUAUUCAGACGGAUAUUUUCAAAACUUUUGACAUCCAUAAAGCAAAGAUAAAAACACUUCUUCAAGGUGUGACUAGGAUGAGUUUGACUACUGAUUUGUGGCAAUCUGUUCAAACAGUGGGAUAUAUGGUUGUUACAUGUCACUUUGUUGAUAAGGAUUUCAAGCUACAGAAGCGAAUCCUUGAUUUUUGUGAUGUUCCGCCACCUCAUAGUGGAGUUGCUAUAGCUGAUUCUUUGCAUAAGUGUUUGGCUGAUUGGGAUAUUGAGAAAAAAGUGUGGACAAUCACCGUUGAUAAUGCUUCAUACAACGAUGUGGCUGUUCGAAAUCUAAAAGAGACUCUUAGUUUCCAAGCUCAGAUUCCUCUUGCUGGUGAUAUGUUUCAUGUUAGAUGCUGUGCUCAUAUAAUUAACAUUUUGGUGCAAUGUGGACUAAAGAAGAUUGGUCCAAUAAUUGAUAAUGUUCGACAAAGUGUUAAGUACAUUGCUGCAUCUGAGAGUCGAAUCAAUAUGUUUCGAGAUAUUUCUAAACAAUUGAAGUUGCCUACAAAGAAGCUUAUUUUAGACUGUCCUACUCGAUGGAAUUCAACAUAUCACAUGAUUUCUGCUGCCCUUGAUAUGAAAGUAGCCUUUUCUCGGUUUGCUACAAGAGAUUCUUCAUAUAUUUGGUUGCCUUCAGAGGGACAGUGGAAUAUGGUUUCAGAGGUGUGUCACUUUCUAAAGCUAUUCAAUGAUGUCACUCAAUAUAUUUCUGGAAGUGAGUAUCCAACUUCCAAUUUAUUUCUUCCUGAGCUUUGGGGAAUCAAGAAGUCGUUAGAUAAGACUAUAACUUCAGAGAAUGGUAGUAUGCAGUCUAUGGCUUCUGAUAUGUUGAACAAAUUUGAGAAAUAUUGGGAGGAGUCUAACAUGCUGAUUUCAAUUGCUGCUAUUAUGGACCCAAGAAACAAGUUUAAGAUGCUUGAAGUGUAUUUUCCUGAUAUUUACAAUGGAGCUGAAGCUGUAAAGGGGCAGAUUGCACUAGUUCGCGACAAGCUUUACCAACUCUUUCAUGAGUAUGUUGAAGAAUACAAAGAGAAGAACAUGGGGAACUCAAUUGAAGAUGAAAGUGGCACACUUUCCUCUUCUACUUCUGUUAUGUCUUCUACUUCAAGUGGCACCGGGAUAAAGAGAACGGGAAGGGCAAUGUUUGACUCACUUAUUCGAAAUGUUGAUUGUGUUACUACAACAUUAAAAUCUGAGUUGGAUAUUUAUUUGGAGGAUGGUCUUUACAUUGAUCCGGAUGAUUGCGACCUUAAUGUUAUUGAGUGGUGGAAGGAGCAACGUAUGAGGUAUAAGGUCUUGUCAAGGAUGGCUUGUGAUGUUUUGGCAAUUCCUAUAACCUCGGUUGCCUCGGAAGCUGCUUUUAGUGCCGGGGGAAGAGUGAUUGAUCCAAAUCGUGCAUCAUUGGGGAAAAAAACUGUUCAAGCUCUACUUUGUUCUCAAGAUUGGUUAAGAAACUAUUAUGGUUUGAAAAAGAGUGUUAAGGCUCUGACCAAGAAAGAGGAAGUUGUUGAAGUUGACUUGUCUUAA